AGUUGCUUCUGGCAGUUUAUCAUCGAUUCUGAUUUGUUCUGGUAUUCGUGUUCGCCAGAAUAUUAUAAUAGUAUGUAGAACUUGAAACUAGUCACCUAACCGUAAAAUCGAAUGUCAAGAAUCGAUUCUUGACCAAUUUCAAAAUGUAAACGUCGACUUCGAAAAAUUUAUUAUUUAAUGAGAAAAUCGAUUAUCGAGAAGAAUCGGAAUCGAGUUUGCCAUCUUUACGCUCAUAUUAGAAGCUAUCGUACACAGUACAUAAGUGAUUCACUAGUAAACUUGAUUUCUAAAAAUAUUUAAAAAAGUAUUAUACAUGAUAUUAAAUAUUAAAAAAAAAUGAGUCGUUCCAACGAAGAUGGGAUUAAUUGGUUCCAUUCGGGACUUUCGCGCGAAGACGCUGAAAAGUUGUUAACAAGAGGGCCAUAUGAAGAUGGAAUUUUCUUAAUACGGGAAUGCAACUCAGCAGUAGGUGACUUCGUACUUACUCUUUUACACCAGGGUACAGUGUGCCACUAUCAGAUACGAAGGCAUGGCGGCGACGCGUUUUUUUCCAUUGAUGAUAAAGUAAAGAUUUUACAUGGUCUGGAAUCCCUUGUUGAGUUUUACCAAAUGGCGCCCAGUGGUCUUCCAACGAAACUUACAAAGUUUAUAAAAAAGGACUUGCCUCCCAAUGAUGCCCGUCGACAUGGUAAUACUAAUUUGUUACAUCGAGCGACCAAAGAGAAUAACGCGACAAUUGUCGGUGAGUUACUAAAAUGUGGCUAUCGCAACGUGGAUGCCAAAAACCAAGAUGGACAAACUGCAUUGCAUUUAGCUGCCAUUUACAGCGAUCAGACCAUACUAAAACUAAUACUUGGGUCUGACGUUAAUGUUAAUUGCAUGGACGCAUUUGGUAAUAUGCCACUUCAUUAUGCAUGCCGCACCAAACCAGGUGCUUUCAUCUAUAAUUUAAUUGAAGCAAAAGCAAACGUACAAGGGCGCAACAUUAAAAAUGGUUAUGUCCCAUUACAUGAUGCAUGCAAAAACGGUAAUAUUGAUGCAGUAAAAGUACUUUUACAAUCAAAUGCACCUCUAUUGCCACGGACAACUUCUGGAGAAUUUCCGAUUGAUUUAGCUCGUGAAGCUGGAAAAGUAGAUGUUGUAAAAUAUUUAAGCGAUUACAAAUUGCCAGCUGUACAAACUAAACAAUCUCUAUGGUAUCACGGUACAUUAACCAGAGAAGAAGCUAUUGAAAGUUUACAAAGAUUUGCGAAACGAAAGAAUUUUGAUGCUAAUGUGAUCAACAACAACGGACAUCUUAAUACUUCGAAUGAAGAAAUUAAAAUUGAUGCUUCAGGAAGUUUUUUAAUUCGCUACUCUGAUCGGUCUGGAUUUGUUUUAACUCUUCUAUUUGAAAGUCAUGUUAAGAACUUCAAAAUAUCUCAACUGUCUAAAUAUUUGUAUAUCGAUGAAGGACCAUAUUUGCCAACAUUGGAGCAUUUAGUGGAACAUUUUAUGCGUUUUAAUGACGGUCUACCAAUUAAUUUAAAAUAUGCAGUACCACCAGAACCCAAACCGCCGCAACCACUACUCUCUACCCUCCCCCGAAACAAAUGCCAUAACAAAAAAUUAAAUAAUUCAAAUUCAUUAAAUGAAAACAUAGGCAACACAGAUAUUGCUUCAACUACUUGUAUAUCUAAUAAAGUAAUUUCAAAAACCCUACCGGAGAAAAAACGUAAAGAAACUACAAAUUUGAUGCUGAGUAAUUUAUUAAAAAUGAAGUCGAAAAAUGCCCCAAACUCUGACGAAACUGUUCCUUCUUAUACGGACACACCUGCAUCACUACAUCUAAUAGAAGAAUUUCCAUGUAAAGGUUUAUCAUUUUGUACAAACUUCUUUAAUGCCGAAAUUUCGGAAACUGGUGAAACCAAUAAACCUUUUCCGAAUAAAAGCAACGCUGAUCUAAGCAAUAACUCAUCGCUGAACGAAAUGUAUAACGUACCUAGAAACAAUUCAGCAGUAGAAGAGCAAAUUGUCGAUGAGUCUGUAUUGUCCCACGACGAAUCUAUAUUUCAGAAGAGCGUGAUAUAUUCUGAUAAUUCCACAAAUCGACAUUACAAACAAACAUAUGAAGCAAACGAGCAUCUUACAGAGAUUAAUUUACAAGGAAGUUCUACUCAAAAUUCACUAGUUGCUUUCCCUGAUUUGGAAUGGUUUGACCCUUCAUGUAUUCCAAAUAUGGAAAAAGAAAAUGAAAUCUUUAGCUACUUCAUUUCUCACGAAAACAUUGAAUUGGGAAAGUUAAUUGGAGAAGGCGAAUUCGGUUCCGUCUAUCGAGGUUACUUGAAAGGGUCUGUUCUAGGAGUUACUGAAAAAAAUUCUCAUAUGGAAAUUGCAAUUAAAACGUUACGUGAUGAACACUGCCAAACUAGUAAGAAUGAAUUUCUACGCGAGGCCUCUGUAAUGAUGCAUUUAAAGCACCAUUGUAUAGUGCAAUUAAUUGGGCUAUCUAAGGGUGAUAAUUUAAUGAUGAUACAGGAGCUAGUGCCUCUAGGUUCAAUGUUAUUCUUCAUAAAAAAAAAUUUUAGAAAAAUUGAUCCAAAUCGAGAAUUGAAACUAUGGGCAUCUCAAAUAGCAUGCGGAAUGCAGUAUUUGGAAUCUCAACAUUUCGUACAUCGGGACUUAGCCGCCCGAAAUAUUCUACUAGCGUCAUUUCAUCAAGCAAAAAUAAGUGACUUUGGUUUAUCCCGUGCUCUAGGGUCAUGUAAUGAUUUCUAUGAAGCCCAGCAUGGCGGAAGAUGGCCGAUUAAAUGGUAUGCCCCAGAGAGCUACAAAAAUGGAAUUUUCUCACAUUCCAGUGAUGUUUGGUCUUAUGGUAUAAUAUUAUGGGAAAUGUUUUCAUUAGGCGAGGUACCUUACGGUGAAAUGCUUGGUUCUGAAGCUGUAAAGUUAAUUGAAGAUGGAAAACGUCUGUUGCAGCCCAAAUUUUGUCCUAAUCAUGUCUACACUAUUAUGGAAAACUGCUGGAAAUAUAAUCCAAAAGAUCGGCCCACAUUUAGCUUUUUGACCGAGGUUUUUGUGAAAGAUCCGGACUACGAAAAUAUAAUAGAGUUGGUUAAAGCAAACAGUAUUAAUUGAACUAAAAUGUGUUGUGCUCAAUAAAUUUGAGGUUUUUAAAAUAGUUUUGGCACAUUUAGUAAAGCAGCGCGAGUAAAGGUGCAGUUCGGCAACAGAAUACCAAAUUGAUCUUUUUGAGAGAAUAUCGUCUAGCUACUGCAGAAAAUUUUGUAUAUCUAUUAAGUACUAUGAACCCUUAUUGUAAUAGGUAGAAGUGUCAAAGUCAGGAAACAGCUCAAGAGUUAUUGUCUACAAUAUUUUGCGAAUUUUCAAAUUUGAAUACAUUAAAUAUUUUAAAAGAAAA